AUGACACAAUUACCACUCGACGAGUUGCAAUGGAAAUCCCCCGAGUGGAUCCAAUCCUUCGGGCUGCGUACGGACAACGUACUGGAUUAUUUCUCACAGUCCCCCUUUUACGAUAGAACUUCGAACAAUCAGGUCGCCAAGAUGCAACAGCAAUUCGCGCAGCCCCGCCAACCCGUACGUACACCAAAACCCUCAGACACAGGAGUCACCGCGGUCCCGGGUACAGACAUUGAUCCACAUCGUCAAGCCAUCUUAUCAACCUAUUUAGUGCAUUCUAUGCUUGAUCAAGAACUCCGCAAAUUGAAAGGAAUAGAGUAUAUCCUCGCGUACGUACGCGAGCCCGACUUUUGGGUCAUUCGCAAACAAAAUCGUACUGGACCCACUUCUGUCGAGCCUCUUCAAGACUACUACAUCAUUGGUGCCAACGUUUACCAGGCCCCUGCUGCUGCCAAGAUUGUGCAGAGUCGUCUACUGGCGACCAACUUUCAUCUUUCGCGUGCACUCGCAUCUCUCCGUCGUAUGAGUCAAUUCCAACCUUCGCAGGGAGCUAAUUUCAUUCCCACCCCUACAACCCCUGGAACCCGUCCCAGGGGUGCAGACGCUGCACCUGCCUCUGCACCUGCGUCUGCUGCCCCUACCGUUGUCACGAGCGCGGGCUCUGCUGGCACAGCAGGGCCGGGCACCGCCAAUACACAAAGCAUCCUCACGGGUUCUACCGAUCCAGCUGCCAACAUGCCAGCACAUGCUGAUGUGAUCACACGCGAGCUCAUGGAUAAGCUUCUCGUCACUAGUAUGAAAUCAAACCCUGUCUACUUGUAA